AUGGGACUAAAUAAAGAGCUAUUAGAAAAUGUAUUUGAACAGGAAAAAAGCAACAACAACUGUGCUGGAGACCUAGAUGUAUCGACACCACCUCAGUCUACAAUACUAAUCAGGAGGAAGAAUGCCGUGCCACUGAAAGUAUUCACUUCAAGUCUCCGUAAUGCAAUGUUCUCUUACCUGCUCUCCAAUAACUUUAUCGAGCACGAAAUUCAAAAGGGCUUCACCCCUCAUAUAUCGGGGACAUUUGAACAUACAGCACAAAUGGCUUAUAUAAUCAAUCAAGCACGAAUAAGACAGCGAUCUCUCGAUAUAACCCUUCUUGAUCUCAAGAAUGCGUUUGGUGAAGUACAUCACAAUUUAAUCCAAUCUGUUCUUGGCUAUCAUCACAUACCUCAACAUAUUCAACUCAUGAUUAAAAGCCUUUACACAAACUUUAAAACAUCAAUCAUCACAUCUGAUUUUAACACCCCAUUUGUAGAAGUAGGUCGUGGAGUUUUGCAGGGAGAUUGCCUUAGUCCAUUACUACUUAACCUAUGCUUCAAUACUUUUAUCCAGCACAUAAGAUCGGAGAAAUAUCAACAGUUUGGUUUUUCUUAUAAACUUCCCAACCCAAUUCAUUGGUUCCAGUUCGCUGACGACGCAGCCGUAAUAACCGGCCAAGAAUAUGAAAAUCAUCACCUACUAAACGGUUUUGCAAUUUGGUGUCAAUGGUCAGACAUGAUUAUUUGA